CACCUUACAGAUGGGUUGGUAAAACCACUCGACAUGAAUGCCUGGCUAGCCGACGCCUCGAACCUUCCGAACCAUGACAAUGGUGCUUUUCAUCAGGCGACCAUUGAUCCCUCCGCGGCAUUCCUUCACACCUCUCCCACUCCCGACCCUACCCAGUUCCAGCGCAUGUUCAAUGGCGUACCGCGAAAUGCCUCCCCUGGCUUCCACAACCCUAACCAGGUGAUUCCUUCCAAGAGGCCGCGACCAGAGGAUGGUCUGUCGAUGUCGCCCCGACAGGCCCCGGGCGGCAUCGCUGCAUCCCGGUCACAAACUCCCCAUCAAGUGCCAUACCCAGGGUAUCAAGGAGCUGCCAAUGGCACGCCGCAAUAUCCUCCGCAUCCGACCCCGUACCAGCAUCUCCAGCAAGGAGCUUCCCCGAACGUCACCCAAUCUCCGAUCAUGCAGGAAUUUGACCAACACGGGGUACAGCGGAUGGGCACAGCCUCCCCCAGCCCGUUUUCCCCAGCCGGCCCUCAAGUAGGCUCCCAUAUGUCUCCGUCGCAGUCGGACCAUCCGAGUAGGGUGAACACCCCGCAGAACAGCUCUUUUAUGCCUGGUCAGCCCUUUCCUCAGGCCAUGGGACCCCAGUUUACGCCCGCACCUGCAAUGACUUCUGCUACUGUGCAGGCCCCGAUGCAGGCCCCGAUGCAGGCCCAUUAUGGUGGCAUGCCUCAGGGUUAUCAGCAGGCGAUAGCUGCCCAGCAGCAACAGCAGCGAAUGCAUGCCAUGCAGAUGCAAAACCAGGGUCGCCCGAUGGUCAUGAAUCCCGCCAUGGCUGGGCGGCCUGUAGCAGCUGGGAUGAAUGCGAUGGCUAAUCCUCAACAAAUGGCUGCGAUUAGACAGAUGCAACAGACUAUGGCUAAACCGCCGAAUCCAGAAGGAUUUAUGAGGUCCUUGCAGAAGUUCAUGAUGGCGCGGAAUUUGCCCCUAGAUCAGAAUCCUCAUGUUUGUGGUCGUCCGAUCAAUCUAGUCCAACUUUAUGCUACAGUUAUGAAGCUAGGUGGAUCAAAGAAGAUAACCGCCACGAAUAUGUGGCAUGUCAUUGCUCAGCAGCUUCAAUUUCCCCAGAUGCAGCUUCCAAUGGCUGUGCAAGAGAUCCGGGACCAUUACCAGCGGAACCUUGCUGCAUACGAACAGGCCUUCCUCAACACGCAGCAGAAACAGUUUGCGGACCAAAUGCAGCAGACAGGGGUUCCACGACAAUCAAGUGAUCCAUCAGCCUUGCAGUACCAGUCUCCAGCUAUGAAACCGGGCCAGGGUUUUGACAAUGCGCAGCAGAUGGGAAAUCCAUCCCCUGUCGCUGCGCCUGUACCCAGUACUGUACAACACAGUCACAGUGCCUCGAACGGGUUCGCAACACCCACCCCUGUCAAAACUCAGGGCAAGCAACCAAAUCAGCACCGCCUCAGUAUAUCACGCCAGUCACAGCCCCCAGCGACGCCGCAUGAUCCUACUGGCCAAAUACCGAGCCAGUCGCCUGCGCCGCCCGGCAAGGGUCCAGGUCAAAUGCCUGGAAAACCUUCGGAGCAGCUAGACCAGUCGUCUGACCAGCCACUGAAACACCAGAUUGAGGACCCUUUCAAACCCAUGGUCUUGCCAGAAAGCAAUUUCCAUGGUCUGAUAGCCGUCGAUGAAAUGUAUCAAAUCGGGGAGGAGAUUUCCCGAUUUAAGCCUAAUGUUCCCACUUUUGCGGAGCUGGGUGUAAUUGACAUUCACGCUCUCACAAUGAGCAUCAAGUCCGGGAUACAUGCCGAAAUGCGCAUGGCCUUGGACACUCUUACCUCUAUAUCUUCGGAGCCCGCGAUUCAGAUCUCUCUAGACAACUGCGAUGAUUUGGUGGAAAGUUUAAUAGAAUGCGCCGAGGACCAGGCGGAGUUACUCGCAGAGCAUGCCGCAGAAGUGUCGGACAUGAUGCUUCUUUCUUCAUAUGAGGAAAUAACUCGUGGAUGUCAGUCAGAGUGGACGACAUUGGCGGACAUUCCUGAAUUUGGAAGCCUUGACUACGAAUUAGAUCGCGCUGUCGACCGCCUCAUCUGCAUCACUACUAUUCUACGCAACUUUUCGUUCAUCGAGUCGAAUUUCGGGAUACUGUCCACCCCUCCAGUCGUUCAGUUCAUGUCUACUAUCAUCCGUUAUCUUGGCACCCGCAAUAUGCUACUACGGACGCAUCAGAACACCCUGGACUUCAUGAAGGACACGGUCACUUACUUGAGCAACGUGGCCCACACCAUUCAGCUACCAAGUAAAGAAGAAGCCCUUUGUCUUUUGCACUUCCUUCUUUCUUUUGCACCGUUUCCAGGACCAACGGGUCCGGAUGGCAUUAUGUUCACGUCAUAUAACCCCUCCAUUCACAAAUACACACCGGCAGCGGUUGACAGCUUAGCCAAGCUUCUGGCACGCGAUGAGCCCAAUCGGACCUUUUUCAGAGCGAUCUUUUCUGGCGAUGGCAGUUCGAUUCAACAGGAGUUGCUUACCCGUGCCUUUGGACUGGCCAUUUGUCCGGUCCCUGAUCAGCCCCGGAAACCCUUAGCUAUAGCGGAUGCUCGCAAGGUUUUCCUCAUGCAAGGACUCCUAGCUGCAGAUAUCCUUUCAGGGUUUGCAGAUGGUCCUAUCGCCAGAUCAUGGCUGGAGUCCGUUGAUGGGUUCGCCAUCCAUCUCCUCCGGCUUUCUUGCCUCCUGAGUACGGAAAGAUUCCCUCCGCCCAAUACCACUUCACGCCAGACCCAUGCCGCAAGGGGCCAGGCUGAAGCGGAAGCCUCAGCAUACAGUUCCAUAAUCAAUCGAGGUCUAGCGAUUCUGCGCCGACUGGCCGAGAAAUCGAAGCUCACUGAUUCGAAUGCUAUAUUACGUUUUCCGUCGGGAAUUAUACCAAGGAAAGAGAGCCUGCUUGGCGCACUGUUGAUGCCUAACAUAGAUCCUGGUGUUGUUCGGCAACUGAUAACUUAUGCACGACUUGCGGAAUGAUUGUGGUCACUUCUGGACGGUUGAUUUGUGAGCCGUUUCUAGCGAGGGCAACCAAAAGCUUUAGCCACGCUUUGAGCAUGCCUUGUUGAUGUCUGCUUCUGUCAUGUCUUCUAUUCAUCUUGAGUAAACCACUAUCUACAUCUCCUCAUU